AUGGCCUUGAAUUUUAGACGACCGCCUAUUACCCUGAUGGAGGCUGAUCCGAACGACCUCACGGACUUCAGGGGUCCAUUAAACUCACCGAGCUCCGGACGCUGCGCUGACAUCCAGGCUGCCCUUGCGACAAAACGGGCUACAAAUGCCCGUAAAAUUCGCCACAAUGUUCCUCGAACUGGGGAUACGCUGGAGAGCCAUAUCGGCCCAGGCAGUAAGUCGCGCUAACAGAGUGCAGAAGCGCUCCUGUAACACUGUUCGAGGCAUUUGAGUGGGCUUUUCAGUUGAGCCUUCUCAAAGACGUUUGUCGUGUACUCUAAUAUGGAAAGUAGUUCCAAGCCAACUAAUGCACAACAGCAUACUGACCUUUGGUUGGUUCGAUUUUUGGUUCGUUGUUCAAAGUACACACCGGAAAUCUCCCCGCUAAAGAAGUGUAUGUCUUUCAUGUCACUUUGGGUGGUUGUAGAAGAAACCCCCGUCUUAAUUGCCCCCUUUGAGGUGGGAGUGGGAUACAGGAACCCCUCAUGAAACUUACGCCUAGAGUAUCGUUGGUUACUUUCAUUGUGUAGUUUGGAUUGCUGUCCUCGAACGUUCUGUGCAAUAGCGGUCAAGGUGCAUGGCACGAGAUUGCCUUCCUCGUAGACUUUUCGCCGAAUACUAUCGCCAAAUUUCGAUGAGUGCACCUUCUUUCACUCCGUAUCGACCUGUCUUUUCGCUUUUUUAUGUUGCGAUUGCACUUGACAAUACGACGGGCAUUAAUUCGCCUCCCGGUUACAAGGCUGAGAGGUGAACAUGAAUCUGGAAAAGUCUCCAUCCUCGUGUACGUUUAAUUUAUCCCUUUCUGUCCACUGACCGAUUUAGGUUACUUGCAUCCGCUGCCCCCGAAACAACUCCACCGCUGUUAGCUCGUUGCAUCUGAUCCUUCAUUCUUCUUGCAUAGUUGUGUGCUAAGUUAUCAGCCAUAAGAACUUUCCGUUGGCUGUGGCCAACGACUUUUUGUCAAUGUGUUAUGAUUUCCACCUUCCGUCAUUUGAGGUGCGCAAUUUGGUAUGCAAUCAGUAUUAAUGACUUGUCAGUCAUGAUUAGGGAAAUUUGUUGGAUUAGGAAUGUCGAUAGAACGUCACGAGGAUUAUUCUUAGGUAGUAUUUUGGAAUGACCUUUCAACUACAUUAGCCUGUUUCUCUGACACUUGUAUACUAGCCUACCUAAAAGCGCUUACUUUAUGCGACCGGGUAUCUUGUAGUAAUAUGAAAGUUUGGCUGCAUACAUCGUUUGCUUGUUCUCAUUCUUGGAAUUAUACCUUCUUUUUGAAUUUGCAGUUUUCUUAUUUGGCUAAAUAAAUCUGCUUGCUCUUAAGUACUACUGAAGUUGUCAGCCAAUAGCUGUUUUGUAGAUAUUUCCUUUUAGUACUGCCAACACUCUUCCUGUCCUUUAAACAACGGCGGGCACUGCAUUGUGUGCAUUUUAUAUCAUAAGGGUUCCUUGUUUGAAGAAGAAAUGCGCAGUUAUAUGUUUUUCGGUUAUCUGUCAUUAUUUAGAAAGGCGCCUUUUAGGGAGGUAAAUUCGUCCCAUUCAGAACCCUUAUUUCAUUCGCUCUAGCAGAAGAGUUUUUGAGCCUGUCUUUUUCCAUAUGGGAGGAGGAUCCUCAUACUACACUCCACUCACUUUUCACUUUAAGAAAAGAAUAUUUAGGCUUUAUAACUGACUGUAUUAUGGGCAUUCAAAUUACUGUAUCAGAUUUGGUGGAUUCCAGACGUUGCAGGAGUUUGGGCGGGUAACUUGACCCAAAUGUGAUUAAACUCGCGUGGUCCGGCGGGGUCUCGUAGCUCAGGUGGUUAGAGCGUUGGCUGCGCUAAAACAUUCCCCUUGUUGCGUUGGUUCGAAUCCCACUGAGGCGCCGAGUUUUUCACAGCUAUGGUAAUAUGAAUUAUUCAAAAUAUGCAAAAUAUCUAUGAAUUAUCAGGCGGUCACUUGGGAAACCUAUUCAGAAAGUAGUGAAUACAAGGAAACCUCAGUCUAGGAUCAUGAAAAGUUCCGUAAUUUCGUUUUAGGCAAAACAUUUAGCUUUCAAAAGUAACUGUGGAAAUACGUGUUCUCGGUAACUCAUUGUCAGGCCGAUACAAUUACAUAUAAAUUGAAAAUAUGCAAGAUUCGCAGGAUUUGUAAAUGAUUCAGGGGCUAUAAGCACUCAUCGUUCAUUCACCAUGCGCAUGACGAGCUCCCCAUGUUAUGAUCAUCGGGGCAGGUUGGGGUGGGGAGACAUGGGCUGUGAUUGAUGUUUGUAAGUCGAGUACGUGGAGUACGCAUCACCGUCAUCAGAAGGUUUGGGGUGACGGGCAAUCAGCAUCUGGGGUCGGAGUUGGCCACGGAAAACAUAGCGCCUGUGUCAACGUAUUCUGACCACAUAGCACUGGAUUCGCUAGCCGUAAAGCCAUUGCCUCGGCCGUAGGCGUGGGUCUCUGGAGAAAUCUGUUGGUGUCCGGUAGACAACACGAAAGGCUUCUUUGCCAUGGACUCUGUGAUUCCUAUCGACAAGAGGUGCGAGAAUAGACAUCGAGAUCGGCCUGUUUUCAACCCUACCUAGCCAGACCGGUAUGUGUUCACAUACUCUCUUUUCCAGGCGUCUCUUUGUACAGCCAAUGUAUCUCGCUCCGCAGGAGCAAGCGAAUGAGUAAAUGCACAUUGGUGUGGCCUGCAACGGAAAUAGGCAUUUACCUCCCGGACGUAGGGGGGGGGGGGGAGUCUGUGAUGAUGUUCAGUUCAUUAUCAGUAUCAUUCAUUAUCGAUGAACACUAGACAAGUACAGUGCGUGACCUAUCUCAUGAAAUGUUGGCUGAAAUUCUGAAAUGCGUUUUCGAUUAGGAAGGAUUACUUGGUCGCGGUUGUAAUACUGAUUAUCUUAAGGCAUACUCUUAUAACAUUUUGGACUCGGCAGGAUGUCGGCUUUUGAAUGCACUUCUCUGUAAUCGCCUGUAGAAAGCGCGCUUGGUAAAAAAUGACUACUUAAGUAGCAUGCAUUUUUCCCAUUGAUUUUCGAUGGUCUUGGAAAUUCAAAUAUAUUUUAUAAAAACCACAAACAAAAUAUGCUUUCUUUUAGUCAAUCAAUAGAAAAUCACGUCUACUUUAUAUUUUAUACUUAAGGAAGGAGUACAAUUAGGUUUUAAAAAAGUUUUCUAAUUGCCGAAAAAUUUGGAGCCUGAUCAUUCGUUGCAUUAGCGCUUAGUGAUUACACUCUACAAGGUGCAUGCGUUCCGCGUAAAGAAAAUCCCAUAUUUUUCUAUGUCAUUAAAGAGAUAUCAUACAGGGUCCAUAAAACUUUGCAAUGGAUGCGGACCAUGUUGUACAUUUCAUGAGGAGCAGUGGUAAACGGCCAGGUACGAUGCUAUGUGAAUGGACAUAUCGCGGUCUUAAAAAGUCUAAUAAUUAGAAACUUUUUAAUACUCCUUCCUUAAGUAUAAAAUAUAAAGAAGACGUGAUUUUCUAUUGAUUGACUAAUUGAUUGAUUGACUUUUGAUUGUACAUGUAUGUAAACUAUUUUCGUUACGAUCACUGACUUCGUCAUAAUUUACGUCAAUGUGAGUUCAACGUCCUUUACUUAUACAUCGCGCAUAAACAAGAGUUUGCACAAGUUUACUUCGUAGAAAACUAACACGCCUUGGCGUGUUAACUUUGCACAUUGUAUUCGGAAAGGGUUAAGUGUAUGCUCGAGGUAAGUAAAAAAACUAUGUAGAACUGCCUACAAUACUUUUAAAAUUAGGUGUUUUCGGUAGGUUUUUGGUCGGCUCCUCGUCGACAAGAUGACAUUCACUGACUUGUAUUCCUUCCCCCCCCCCCGAAGAUUCGACGCGGCUGAAAUGUCUACAGUGGUUCAUUGUGCUGCGCCCUCCAUACGUAGUUCUUUAAUAAGAGGAAAGCCCAAUUUUAAAAAAUGUUCGGUAGUCAAGUUGUAAAAAAAUACUCGAAAUAUUGUUGGGUGGAAUUCAGACGUCUGUUAGUAAAGCAGGAGUGUUGAAACGCCGGCGCGUUUGUUAAACAACAGUUAGAAUUCUCUUAUCCCACGCAUAUGUUUUAUUCCUACUUUGUAUUCCGACAAAAUUUCUACAGAGUUCUAGUUCCUACUAAAGGCCUUUCGCGUGGAGUUGCAUCUUUUUCAGCACUGAAUUUACCACUACUUCCAUGUUCCCUCUUUGGGGCUAUUCACGGUUGCCCUUCGGACAACUCCUAUUCUCCUCACAGUUUUCCGUUUUUGUAACAUUGCGUGCAACCUUACAUUACGGCAAGCCAGUCAUCGCCAAUAACUGAUGAUGACUAAUGCCCACUAGGAGCCAUUUUUCGUCACUAGCUGGCGCGUGUGCGUUAGCGACAGAGCGAAGUCCGCCUCAAGCAGCAACUUAUCGAUCGACGUCUAAACUGCCCCAAUGCCUGCCUGGGAGGAGUCAUCCGUUGCAGUCGCCAGUCGGAAGUUCAGCUGCGUGGACAUGCCUACGUCGGUCUGGUCUUGCGUUGGCCAGAGUUGAGCAGAGCCGUUGAAUGUUUGAGCGUUGGCAAAGGCGCACACCCUCGUCAAUCGAGUGCUUUAUCGGCAAUCGCCUCCCCCCCCCCAAUCAUGUGUCCCAGCUAAGCGGAGUAAGUCACGGGCAGCGCGAGCGAACCUCCCUUGGCACGCGACCGUUUGCACAGCGUGUGAAUCAGGCGUCGGCUUGACGAAAUCGUGGUGCCGACUGCUAUUUCUCGCUUCAUGGAUCAGACGCCCGUUCCUACCUCAUGCUGGUGAAUAAAGCAUCAGCGGCUGGCUUUCGGCUUGGACAGUUGCUGACACUGGCAUCUGAUCUCUGUACUCCCCGCUUACAGUAAAGAUUGUCCUACUAACUCCGCCGCCCUAGCUUCUAAUUUGGGAAAUUUGUCGGCUAGAUCUCAGUCGGUAGCCAGGCCCCGUAUUACAGAUGGCUGGGGGGUUUGUUUACAGGGGCUAUUUUGUGGGGCUCCAUAAUCACAUCUGACCCAUUUGGCUUCCGUUUUACGUUUGAGGUUAGGAUUAGGGUACCGGUUGAUGGUUUUCGAUUUUCGGUUUAGGGUUAUGCCUUUAGGCUUAGGUUUUUGGGGUUACGGUUAGGGUUUGAGCGUACGAUUCGGUUUCAGUAUUACGGUUAGAUUUUUCAGUUACAGCUAUGCCUAAGGGCUACGGUUACGUUUACGAUUUCGGUUAGGGUUAGGGUUGCCGGUAUGGUUAACAGUUAGCGUUUAAGGUUGAGGUUAGGGUUAGAGUUAAGGUCAGAAUUAGGGUUAAGGUCGCUGUCCGCUUCCCCAUUCCUGACUACCAACUGCGAUCUAGCCCAUUUUUCGUUGUUGACCCAUCUCCCUUUGACAACUGUACGGUAAAACUAUAUCGCACCCAUUGGCAAGAUUCUAUUUCUUAGCCGUACCUGGUAGUGGUUAGGGUUAGGUGCUAAGGUUAGGGGUUAUGGGUUAGGAGUUAGGGAUUAGGGGUUAGGCUGAGGCUCAUCUACUGCAGGCACGGCUGCGAACUAAGACCCGACUCACCCAUGACUAACGCCACCUGCUUUGGGCUCCAUCCAAGUUAAGGAAGCUACGUUUUGCUUUUUCAGCCUUUUUUAAAAUCCUGUCAGAAAUGAAUGCGUUAACUUGGAGUAAAUCCUUCGGGAAAAAUUCUUCGGUCUCCGUCCGGAAAUUCAUAUGAAUAUUCGAGCCGAAAUCCAAAACAUAGAGAUCAUUUCGAGUCUGUAAUAUCUAAAGUCUUAUAUGUUCAAAAUAUUCGCUACUCACAGCUACACGUUGCUGACAAUGUUUAGGUAUGCAAGAGUAGAGUCGUUAAAGCAUACGUUGCAUUCCUUAAAGUAACACGUGCAUUAAACUCCACCUGUCCUAUAUCUGUCAGCCUCAGUGAAUAUUCAGUAGGUCCUGCCUGGAAUAAACACCUACUAAGGAAACGAUGAUUUAGUAUUUUAGUAUUCUGAUUACCCCCACUCCUAAGAAACAGAAAAUUUCUGAACGAAAGCAAAUGUAAUGGGGUAGGCUAUUAGCGUCCGUAUGCCUUUGGCAAAAUUCUACGAGUACCUAAGAGAAAAGGGAAAAUCUAAAGACCUGCAUGAAUAUUCUACUACAGCGUUUGAGGGAUUAUAGUUAUUCUUUCGUUGCCACAAUUUGGCGCGUGAGUACGGCGCCUCAUUUCUUCAUUGUUAAAUUCGUUGGGAAGGACAGACGAUGUCAGAAGACUUCAUGAUUGUCAUCCGAUCAAACUAAAAAGUAGCAUGAAAACACUUCAGUUCGAUGAGACUGCAUGUGCAAAAAAGGACAAUUGUUGAGUCUUUUUGUCAAAUGACCUUCCGCAGGUGUUGCUUUCGGAAGAGCGACAACAGCCGUGCAAACGGGCCUCUACCUGGAGGAGUUGAAGGAGACGGUGGAGACCGACGACUUCUGGACGCAAACUGACCAGUUUCUGGACAGACCACCCUCGCCAGUCUUCGUACCGGCUAAAACGGGCAUUGAUGUUGCAACGCAGAUCGAGCCCUAUGAUGUGAGUGACUGGCUUACUUGUGAAUACCUUGAAAUUGAAUGCCAUUGAAGCAAAUGAUGCCUGCGUGUUGCCUCUACACCAAGUUCACAAUUUAUGGCUGAGUUAAUAGGCGUUUUGGCAGAUUUGUGUAAUGCACUUAACCAAAUUGGGAAAAACGAGACGGACUCGCCGAGAUUUGAGCAUACGAUGGCAGGGUCAAGGCACAAACCACCUGAGCUACGGUGGUCCGACCGGGAGGCGUGAGGCCAGUCACAUCUGGGUCAAGUUACCCGUCCAGCCUACUGCAACGUCACGAAUCCACCAAAUCUGAUACAGUAAGCUGACUGCCCAAACAAGAUUUUCCAAGCAAUGUGCCUAGAAUUUGCCAGACACUACUGUUUAUUUGUGCUUUGGCAGACUUGAAUAACUGCCUUGAUUAUUUAGGAAAUUCUGCUUGGACAGUCCUCUUACUGUAUCAAAAGUAGUGGAUUAUAUACUGGACAGGUGGUUUUGCGCAAAUUUGACGGCCCCGGUCGGGUUCUCAUAAUGGAGAUGGUUAGGGCGCUGGCCAUACUCAAGCCCUGCACAAGCUGUUGUGGAUUUGGAUCCCAGUGAGAUCGCCGAUUUUUUCAAAAUUAGUCAUGCACCGUCCAUUCAAAUUCUUCUGACCCUUCUUCGAGUCAGGACGAUUUGACGUGACAUGCACUGCCUGUCUAGGGGAGAUAUUUGACAAAAUAGCACCGCCAGUACUGUCCGCCCUAAGCUGACGCUUGUCAGCUCAAGUGUUCUGCAAACCGAAAAGGUCGAACAUGCGAAUAUGGAUCCCGCGUUAUAAUUUUGACCCUAAUCCCAACACUAAGUUUCAUACCGCUAACCCCAACCCUCUGGAUUUUCGCGAAUGAUCAUCUGUAUUUAGAGAUCCAUAUUCCCAGUAACAAGAAAAUACGUUCGAUGACAAGCGUCCAAGCGUGUGAGAAAUGGUAACCAUGGCCUUGAUUCGAAGGCAGCCAUGAUAAAAAUUUGAAAAUCCGUAAACAUGAUCAGGGGCAAUUUUUAGCGCGUGCUGGGAGUUUACCGUAUUUGUUACACCCAGACCUACACAUUCGCCGAUGUUCUUGGCUGAAACUGACGUAAAGGACAACUUUUAUGCAUACGUUUUCGAAAUCUGGGUAGGCAAAGUGAAUUGGAGACAGGGCUUCAAGCAGUCAGUAAAUUGUUGUCUUUAAAGUUUAUCGAUAUCGAUUGAAAGCUCUAGUGAGAAGGCGUGUUCCUGGGGGAUGUUUAUUGGAUUGCUUAGGGUAGGGAUGCGCGGAAUUCGCCACUUUUUAGUACCAAGAUUGUACAUAGUUCGGACUCAAAUUAUAGCAAAGAACGCCAACUGCAGUAACAAUUCACUCUUCUCUUACUUUAAUAUCCGAUAAUUGGUCAUUUUCUAGUGCCGGUAUGUAACUGGCACUUUAAGUAUCCCGCUGCCUAGAGUCUCGAGUGAAAGAUCGCCGACUGUUGACUUCCUCUAACGUUUCGUGUUAUUGUGAGAUAUUUUUGCCUCUGGAGAAAUAAACUUGGGACGGUUUCUAAAUUCCGACGAAAUUCUUCAAUGCUCUUCACACUAUGUUUCCUAGUUGUUCGACUUCAACAUUGAAGUUAAGCCGAUUCUUGAAGUACUGGUUGGGAAGACAAUUGAACAGGCCCUCCUUGAGGUCAUGGAAGAGGAAGAAAUAGCAGACCUUCGGAAGGAGCAGGCGAUUCUGCAGGAAAUUCAUAACGCAGACCUCGCCGAAAUUGCUCGUCUAGAGGAAAGGAACAGAAGAUACAGGUAAACCUGUCACUUUCCCCCCUCCGAAACAUGAAUCGCUACUAACUCAUUAUUACUACGUACGUAGUUAUAAUUAUAAUAAUAGCGACACAAGUGAGUGUUUGCUUUUAUCCUGAAGAGAGGAACAGGCGCGACGACGAAAGCAGGCCGAGCACGCGGCCAUCUUGCGACAGGAAACAGCCGAUAAAAUCGCCGCUCGCUGCUUCGUAAAAGCCUACCUGGAACCGCUGCUUCCGACAACUUUCGAACAGCUCAUGGAACGCGGAUACUUCUAUGAUGCCGUUCAGCACGGUGAGUCAACUCUAGUACACCACUCAAUGACUUAAAAACACACUUUCCGUUUUAUUGACCACGAAAUGAUUGGGUUGCCAGUUCCAGACGAUCCCUGUCUCUCAGGUAGCCCUAAAAUGCUGAAGACAAAUGAUGUUGGGGUUCCUAGAUGACAUAAGCAGAAGACCUUUACUCAUCGCCGAAGAAUAAGACACAAUAGCGGGUCAUAUUCGUACAUCCUGUUUUAACUUCACAGUCAGACUGUUUCAGAUUUACGGAAUUUCCGGAGUUCUGACAUUGCAAUGCAUGGAUAGCAGGCACAACAAUUGUCUUCCAAAAAUUUCAGGACGUUUAGCUCAGUAUUCGCAUUAUCUAAAUCCUUUUAAAUUGUCAUUCUCAACGGAGUCAGCAUAAAACUCAGAAAGUAUAAAGCUCCGUUAUUAGAACUCAGUAUCGAAAAGGACCCUUUGUGAUUACGUUUCCUCUCAAGAUAAGGCGUGAACGCACCAACCUGUCUCAUAAUUUCGUGAAAUUUUGGCCGCACUCGAAAAGAAUUCAGCGUUCGUUUUGUGAAAGCGUUAUAGUUUCUUGCUUUGUUUUUUAUUAGGAAGGUGAAAAAAAUCUCAUGAUCGACGCAGGCUAUCAGUGAUACUUGACGCCCGAUCGGAGGCUCGUAGCUCAGGUGGUUAGAACAUUGGCUGUGUUCAAGGCUUGCCCUUGCUUUUGUGGGUCCAUUGAUUCGUAUCCCAUUGAGACUGUCGGGUUUUUCACAAUUAGGCAAAAUGAAUCAUACUAAUAACGCGUUUGUGGCUGCUUUAAUUCGUCUGGAUGCACUCAUGGGUUUUAAACCUUCUCCAACGUGUAAAAGUUUGAGCUCCAGGUUUAACUCGUUGAUUAGCCGAAUCCCUGAAUCCAUGAGGAAAAGACUCCUUUCUAAGAUAGAUUGAUUCUCUAAGAUACCGAGAGCUCAGGCUAAUACAUGCAUUGUCCCGGUGAUCGGACGUUCAUCUUCUUUGCAACAAGAGCCUGGGACUCGCAUACUUACUUCCCUUCGAGAUUAAUUCAUGUUUAUGGCAUGUCCACGUGAGUCACUUUCUCCCUUUUAUGACGCCUGCAUUCGUGCAGAGCAAACCAGUCACCCAUGCAUAGUGUUGCGCAAUCACCCAGCACAAAUCAUUUUUCAUAAGCAAAUAAGAUUUUUGCCCACUUACCUUUGAAGUUGUCUCCAUUUCCGGUUCAAUAUAAGGUGUACAGUCUGCUUGAUUUUGAAGAAUCUGCAUUACUUAUUAUUUACUCCUCAAAUCUCCGAAUUUACCUGAUAAUUUAAAUAAUGUCCUCUCCAGAAAUCGAUGAAAACUUCUAUACACCCAUGUUGGAGAACGUCCUCGACAACAACGUCCGUGAGCGCCGCGCACGAAUUUUGGUGGAUGGCCUCAUCCAAGAAGUAAGUUUAUGUUACCACUAAGAUCUUGCUAGUGCUGUUGGUGGAGCAGAACCGAAGAAAACCACGUGGGUAAAUUCAAAUGAGUUAACGUUGCCUACUUUAUUCAUUAAAGUAGCCAGACGUUUGAAACUUAAAAUAGCCCAGGCGGGAGGGCCUUCCCUCUAGCGAGCGAAAGCAAACUGCCUCGGUCAAGUUGAAUUCGAGAAUGACUUCGAAACUUAUUCCUAAUAUUCCAUCCAUCGAAUAAAAGCUAGUCUCCAUGACCAACUGAGGACCCAAUCUGGCUAGUAGUUAGACUAGAGCGCCGUAUAAGCGCGAGUUACUUCGUCCCAUCAGCCUUAUCGGCUGUCUCUUAUAUGCUAUGCCCGGAAAGAGGUAUCACUCAGCGCCCCCCGGCGAAAAUGGUAAGGUAAGAUUGCAUGCGUUCCUCGUAUUACAUGCGGUCUUGCGCUAAAUUCCUGAGGGGAUUAGGGUUGAGGGUUAGUGUUAGGGUGAGGAGAAUCAUGGCCGAUGCUGGGACACAAAAAACAGGUACCCGCCCUGGAAUUCAGCACAAGGUGACCUACAGUACGAGGAGGGUUGCUUGCGCCCAUGUUCAGCCACGAAUAUGAUGCUCAGGGUCGCAACUCCAUACCGUAAACCAUGAAGCAUAGCCUGUUAUCAGUGAAAGUGCGAAAGUAGCAUAGGACGGACGGUCAAGAAGCCAUGUCCGUGUUUUUGUAGUGUCGUUCAUUUUCGUCCAUCCAAAGAGACCACGCCUUGGUCGCAACAGUUUGUCUUAUUGUAAGGCCUGUAGUAAAUCUGAGCACGACUUAACCCUGCAUUUGAAGGUUACACGAACUGAGGUUGUAAGGGACCAUGUUGUAAUGUUUGCACAACAAACCGCACAGCAAGUGACGACAUAAUGGACAAUUUAGAAUUAAACUUACACGCCCCUUCAUACAUGCAAACACACACACACAAAUAACACAAUGUUGGGCAUCGCAUUAAUCGCCUUACGGGACACACUGCUGCGUCGGGAACGCUCAUAGGGAAUUUACAAACAAACACGAAAUUUGCACUUUUUAUCCGAUAGUCAUAUGAACCACCUGUAUUUUUCGAAAAAAUUGUGUUUCGGCGAUGGUGCCUCCUUCUUCACAAUUUCCAUUUUAUUUUCUAUUUGCGUCGUCUUAAAUUCAUUGUAGUCUUUCAAACAUAUAAAUCAGUUCGCUUCUAAGCGACCUCCGAGUUCUAUAUUUUUUAACCAUCUCAUAUAAUCUGGUGUAACUAUAAAGCUUUUUCACUUGCUUUGGCAUUUAUGAAACUGUGUAAGGUUGGCGCAUACAAUCAUAAUGUCGUAAAAGACGGCAAAAUUAAAUGGCAUUUCUUCGUUUGUUGCCAAACGCCUCUCUCUGACGAAGACGAAGGCACGAUCACUGGGACGGUAGAUUUACUGGCCUUAGCUUUUGAACUCGAACUGGAGUUCAUCAUCAGAGACUGCUAGAGUGCAGCGACGUGUGAACACUUAUAUCGUUAUUUCGUGAGGGGAGGGGGAGACUACGUCCGUGGCCAGGUCUAUUUUAUACCGCCUGGUCCACAAUGGUUCCCCUGCGAAGUGACGCCGUUUGUUCUUCGCCGCGAUGUGAUCUGCGCUACCUGGCUGAGUGGGCGGGCAAAUCGAUGUGCCUAUUGAUAGAGUCGGUGUCCGACACCCACGCCUCCAACAGUUCUGGUCCCGUCUUGUUGCCGGUUCGCACAGUAUCCGCGUGUUGGCAAAGCCGAACUCAUGGCCUUCCUCCAGCGUGUGAGUGGUGAUUCGAGACGCAACGUAUAAAUGUUCACACUUUGCUGCACUCUAGCAGUCUCUGAUGCUGAACUCCAGUUCGAAUUAGAAAACUUAGGCCAAUAAAUCUGCCGUCCCAGUGACCGCUCCUGCGUCUUCUUUUAAACAAGAACCUCUUCCCGUCUCCGCAUGCGGGGCCUCUGAAUUUUCAUUUCGUUUCGAUUCUGUCAAGGCAAACAGACGAUGCAUAACAUCCUCCCCACUCUUUUUCUAGGCCGUCACUCAACGCUAUCAGGCCUUCCGUGAACUGGGUCGAGAACUGAUGACGGAGGUGUGUGUGGAGAGGGUUAUUCCACAGUUACGGUGUGUCAUAAACUUUUGGGUCUUUGAUCGCAUGAACAAGCUCGCCUUCAGCCGUCUUACAACCGCUGCCGAUGCCAGAAAGAGCCUCUACGCGGACAUUAGUGAAAGCGUCCUUAAUGAGGCUCUGGACGAGUUUGCUGUGUACUAUGAGCAGCAGUUGAUAGCUGCUGCAGCCGCCAAGGCUGCCGAGGAGGAGGUGAGUACCUCUAAGUUCAUUUCUUGCUGCAUCAAAACUCGCUUCUUUAUGGUACGCCUUAAUUCCACUCCCUUUUCUUUCGUUUCAGGACCAGUAG